AUGAAGCUGUUGUCACUCACUGCAGCAUUGACUGUAGCUUUUCCCUCAUUCACAUUGGCGACAUCAUUGUUGUGGCCUGUGCCUCAGAGAAUGGAAUCUGGCCAUACAGAGCUUGAACUCGAUACAUCAUUUCACAUAUCUGGACCUGAUGUUGAGCAUUUACAAGACGCAAUUGAUCGCUACACUCAACUCAUCACCAAUGAAAGAUGGAUACCAGUGCAGGCUCCUUUUCCAGCAAACAAUCAAACCACCAAACCGAAAAAAUCACGUACUACAUUAGGGGCUUUGAAUAUCAUCAUCGAAGAUGAGGAUCAGAUAUUAGAGCAUCAGGUCGACGAAUCCUAUAUAUUGGAUAUACCUGUUGGAAAGGGCACAGGCACUUUGAAAUCAAAGACUUUAUGGGGAACUCUUCGUGGGCUCGAAACCUUUUCUCAACUGGUCCAGGCUCGUCCAAAUCUCAAUGAGGAUGGGAGGGAGGAAAUCGAAGACUACGAUCCAGACGAGGAACCUGAUUAUGACAAUGUUGGAUUUGAAGAGCUUUACAUUCCCAAUGCACCCAUUCGUGUUGAAGACGCACCAAAAUACACGCACCGAGGCUUGAUGCUGGACACAUCUAGAAACUACUUUCCAGUCAAAGACAUUCUUCGAACGAUUGACGCAAUGGCUUUUAACAAGAUGAAUGUAUUCCACUGGCAUAUCACUGACUCGCAAAGUUUCCCUCUCAAGCUGAGAACUGCUCCUGAACUUGCUCAGCAGGGUGCUUAUAAACUACACCAACGAAGAUUAGUCUAUACCGAAAACGACGUUGAAAACAUUGUUGAAUAUGCUUACAAGCGUGGCGUGCGCGUCAUUCCCGAGAUUGAUAUGCCUGCACACACUGGUUCAUGGGCCUUAUCCCACAAAGAUAUAACAACAUGCACAGGUGUCCAUUACCUUCCUGGCGAUGACUGGAGUGAGAGGUUAGCUGCCGAGCCUGGCACUGGACAGCUCAAUCCCGUCAAGAACAAAACAUAUGAGAUUGUGGACAAGGUCAUUACAGAAGUAGCCUCCUUGUUCCCCGAUAGUUUGUUUCACGGAGGUGGCGACGAGCCUGUAUACAAAUGCUGGAAUCAGGAUCAAAGCGUUGUGGAUUACAUGAAGGAACACAAUGCCACUGGUGUUGAUUUACUGAACACGUUUCUCCAAAAGGAAUUGGGCUUUAUUCAAAAAUCAAACAAGACUGCCAUCAUCUGGGAAGAUGCUGUUACCAAUGACAACUUGCCUAUUUCAAAAGAUGUGAUCUUGCAGGUUUGGACCAAUCCUGUACAGAAUGCCGUCAAAAAGGGCUAUAAGGUCAUUGCCUCCAACUACAACUUUUGGUACCUUGAUUGCGGACAUGGUGGAUGGGGCGGCAACGACACGAGCUAUGAGGAACAGGUGCCUCCUGCUGUUCCUAAAGCUGUGGCAGCAGCAUUAGAGAAAAAUGGCGUUUCUGGCAAUUACAACACGCCCAAUUGGGGAGGCUCAGGUGGAGAUUGGUGCAGUCCUUUCAAAACCUGGCAAAGAGUGUACAGUUAUGAUGUCGCUUUCAAUCUCACAGAGACAGAGGCCCAGAACAUUUUGGGUGGGGAGGUAGCCUUGUGGGCAGAGCAGACAGAUGAAACAGCAUUGGAUGUGAGACUCUGGCCUAGAGCAGCUGCAGCUGCAGAAAACAUGUGGUCUGGACGGUAUGACGAGAACAGCAUUAAAAGAGACAUUGGGGAUGCCAUGCCUAGAAUAUUUGAUUGGCGUUACAGAUUACUUAAACGAGGUAUUCGAGCUGAAGCAUUGCAACCAUUAUGGUGUGGCCAAAACCCUCACAUGUGCGAUGCCACCUAUCCAGCUGUUUUCCAAUCCAUGUAG